AAUUAAAUCAAUCAAUCAGUCUUCAAAAUGGCGUUAAUCAUGUCGUUCGUGUCUGUUGCUAUAUCUAUAUUGUAUACGCCGUUAUUACUUUUAAUAUUGUGCAUAAUAUUUCUCGCAUCAAUAGGAAAAUCUUUGGGUGUACGAAGAUUGUACGUGAACAUACUGCUGAAACUAUUCGAGAUAUUUGAGCGGAGUCUCCUAAUUUGUUAUGGCAGACAACACAUCGAAGUUGCGAAGAUCAAAAUCCAAAGGACAGACAGUUCCGACGAGGAGGAUCUCCCUCCGGUGCCUGAUGAUAAACCACCUUCAGCAAUCAUCAAGGAGAAUGGGGUCAAUGGUACAAAGAUGACGGUGAUAGAACGGCAGGAGAUCCUCGGUCCUUCGCCAGAAUUGAACUACAAGAGGAGUACCAGCCAGGAACGGGUGCAGAACGGGCCCAAAACCACACAGGGGAAUGGAGAGAGUAAUAUGGAGUUCGAUCUCUCGAAUUGCCUGGAUCUGGUGAAGGCGGGCAUGGAAUCCAUCAUUGAGGAUCAGGUCACGUCCGUCUUCGAAGCUGAAGAGUUGAGGAGCUGGAAUUUGUUAACGAGAACUAAUAGACAAUAUGAGUUUUUGACAUGGCGUCUCACAAUCAUAUGGGCGAUGGGUUUCGUCGUCCGAUACAUGUUCCUACUGCCACUGAGGAUAAUGAUUUUCGUCAUUGGGGUGCUAGUAAUGGUUUCUUCAACAUGGGUCGUCAGUCUAGUUCCCUUCGUUCGUCUCCGCACCAAACUUGGAAAGAUCUCGUACAAAACCAGCAUCAGGGUGAUCAUCCGAGGCCUCUCCAUCCACGCGAGGUUCCAUAAUGAGCAGUACCGGCCAAGAGCCAAUGGCUUCUGUGUCGCCAACCACACCAGUCCAAUAGAUGUUGGAGUACUAAGCAUCAAAACGUGUUUCUCUUUGAUCGGUCAAAGACACAACGGUUUCCUAGGUAUCCUGCAGAGGGCGCUCGCGAGGGCGUCGCCUCACAUCUGGUUUGAGAGGUCUGAGGUUAAAGACAGGCAUGCUGUUGCUAAGAGAUUAAAAGAACACAUAUCAGUGCCGGACAACCCUCCCAUCCUGAUCUUCCCUGAGGGCACGUGCAUCAACAACACGUCCGUGAUGCAGUUCAAGAAGGGAAGCUUCGAGGUCGGCGGCACCAUAUACCCGGUCGCCAUCAAAUACGACCCCCGUUUCGGCGACGCUUUCUGGAACAGCUCCCGUUACGGCAUGCUGCACUAUCUCCUGAACAUGAUGACGUCAUGGGCCAUAGUCUGCGACGUCUGGUACCUGCCCGCCAUGACUCGGGCCGCCGACGAGUCCGCCGUCGACUUCGCUAAUAGAGUCAAGGCGGUUAUCGCGAGGCGGGGCGGCCUGGUCGAUCUUAUGUGGGACGGCCAGCUAAAACGCAUGAAACCCAAAAAGGAAUGGAGGGAGUUACAACAGGAGGAAAUUAGUAAAAGAUUAAAGGGGGAGUAAAUAGUGAUAUAUGUAAUGUAGUUUAUUAUAUUGGACUGAUCAGCGCUGGUUACUCAGCCACACGUGGUUCCAACCACUUCCUUACUGAGUUUGAUAUCGUCUUGGUAAUCUAUACUAAUAUUAUAAAGCUGAAGAGUUUGUUUGUUUGUCUGUACGCGCUAAUCACCAGAACUACUGGUCCGAUUUGAAUAAUUCUUUUUGUGUUGAAUAGUGCAUUUAUCGAGGAACGCUAUAGGCUAUAAAACAUCACGCUAUGACCAACAGGAGCCAAGCAGAGCGGGUGAAACCGCGCGGAAGUAGCUAGUACAGAAUACGGUAGAUGACUUAUUUCUUAUUGUAAUGUCCGUCUUGUAGAUUGUUUUAAAAUAUUAGACACGUAUUUUUUAUGAUUUUAUUGUAACUUCAAAACUUUACGUGAGUAAGCUGAUAACAUAAUAAUUAAUUUACGUAUUUUUAAUAUUACACGACACGGAAGUGUGUCGCGGAAUGCUGCUCAUGAAUAUGACCCUCUAGCAUGGCUUGAAACUAGUCGAGUUCCUCGUCAAACAGUUACGUGGGUAAGCCGAUAACAUAAUAAUUAAUUUAGUAUGUCUCACGAAAGUUACGUAUUUUUUUGGUUUUUCGUUAUGAUCACAUCAUCAGCCUAUAUAGCUUUUGGUGCUGCGGACUACCUAACGGGUUUACCGGGGCCCCGGCUUGAAAAGCAGGAGUAGGAACGGGGUGGUUUUUAGUCAGUCAUUAGAUGAUUCCUAUAUAAAAAAAUACGUGUCAUAUAUUUUUUUAUUACAUUACCUAACUGACGGACUGAAUAGAUUUUUAAUUUUCAUACCCCGUCAUCAUCCCUAUUGUAUCAUUUUGUUAGUCGAAGAUAA